GGCAUCCCUGAAGGUGUGAAACCCCCCACCCCCGGCAGCAUGUCCGGCCUGCUUUGCUUUCCAGAAAUGCUCUUGGAAAGCCAGCCCUGCUCCUGCUUGCGGGCUGUCCUGCAGCCUCAUCUGCUGGGCUUUAAAUUGGGCAGACCGAAGCCCACCUGGCGCCUGUCAGGCAAUCCGGGCUCCGUAGUGAGUUUGUUGGGAUGCAGACCUCUUCCAGCCUUCCCUGUGUCGCUCCCUCUCGUUUUUCCCGAAGCCAGUGGGAGCCCGAAGCACGUGGAGAAUCACAGCAUUGAAUAAAAACCUCUGAUGUAUUUUAACUCGCAUCUGAGGAGGUUGAAUCUUGUGUUCAUAACACCGGUGCGAAUAGAGGCAGGGCUUGUUUUCCUCGCGCCACUGGUUCCCGUUAUUGCUGAAGCCUGUCGCUCUCUAGGACGGUUUUGAGGAGCUGUGCGGGCCUGCUCCAAUUGCGGCUCCCACGUGGAGGGACAGAUCUUGGGAAUCGGCCAGGGAACAACCCAUUAACAUCCUUUCAGAUUCUUCUAGCAGAAACGUAGAGGAUUUUAAACCGUAACAUAACGUUUGUGUUAUCCCAACACCUUAAAGCGACUUAAUUUAAAAAGGAGAUCUGAAUUACGCCCUCACUGGUAGUCAUUCUUCUCAGCACUCAAAGAAGCUAAAAAUAAUUUAUGAGCAAUGAAUUUGUAUUUGCUUCUUUACAUAAUUUGGUGGGGCUGUUCCAGAGGAGCCCCUCUUCCAGCACUGAGCUGGAUGCAUGCAGUUUUUCCUUUCCUUAAACCUUAAAUGUUCAGAUGUAGCUUUACUUGUCUGUUAGCUGCUGAGCGUGGGGACAGUCAAAGGAUGUCCGCAGUGACAUCCUCCUCUCCUUCGGUGGAAAAAGCAUCUAAAUUUCCUGGGGUGGUUCUGCAGGCUGGGGUCUGACGUUGACUGAGCGGUGUAGUCGCGUUUUGUAGACUUAUGGCAAAGUUUUUGUAAAUAUACACUCAGUGUGAGCCUCAGCGUUAAUUUGGCGCGUGCUUUGUUUAGGCGUUCGGUUGUAGCUGGGAUACAUCUUUGUAUUUCAGGCAUUUUUGCAGCAGUGUCUUCUUUAUAUUACAUAUGGAAUUGUUGUGGUUAGGUUUAUUCAGUGCUGGCAACUUAGGGCAUCAUUUAAAGAUAACGAUUCCUCGCUGAAAUCUGUACCUCGAGGGCUUUAGCAUAAAUUAACUGAUUUCUUCUGGGAAGGAGAAUGCUGCAAACCUUUGCAGGGACUCUAUAAGCUUAGUGCCACUAAUAAAGGUGAUGAGAGACUACACUGUGACAGGAGGACGGGGUAGCCGAGCCAAGAACCCGCGGAGUUUGAUGUUUACGCUCUCUCCAGCUCCCUGUAGUCUAAAUAGCUGGAAAGUUCCCGACGUCUCGAGGAGGAGGAGGACUGGAGAGACGCUUCUUACCUUAAACUGGAUGGCUUCUACGGUGAGCCUGGGUAAAGAAACAUUGUUGGAAGAUGGAAUGCCACCUGCAAAAAAGCCCAGGAAGCUGUUGCCAAGCCUCAAAACCAAGAAGCCUCAGGAACUGGUUUUGGUGAUCGGGACAGGAAUCAGUGCAGCAGUUGCUCCCCAGGUCCCAGCGCUGAAGUCUUGGAAGGGGUUAAUCCAGGCCCUCCUGGAUGCUGCUAUUGACUUUGAUCUCCUGGAAGAUGAAGAGAGCAAACGGUUUCAAAAGUGUCUCCAUGAAGACAAGAACUUGGUUCACGUUGCCCACGACCUCAUCCAGAAGCUGUCUCCGCGCACAAGCAACGUUCGCUCAACCUUUUUCAAAGACUGUUUAUACGAGGUGUUUGAUGACCUGGAAUCUAAAAUGGAAGAUUCUGGGAAGCAGCUGCUUCAGUCCGUGCUUCACUUGAUGGAAAACGGGGCACUUGUGUUAACCACAAACUUCGAUAACCUGCUGGAACUGUACGCAGCACACCAGGGGAAGCAUCUGGAGUCUCUUGACCUCACUGAUGAAAAGAAGGUGCUGGAGUGGGCGCAGGAGAAGAGGAAGCUUAGUGUCCUGCACAUCCAUGGCGUUUACACCAACCCCAGCGGCAUAGUGCUCCACCCGGCCGGCUACCAGAACGUGCUGCGCAACACGGAGGUCAUGCGGGAGAUUCAGAAGCUGUAUGAAAAUAAGUCAUUCCUGUUCUUGGGCUGUGGUUGGACUGUUGAUGACACCACGUUUCAGGCCCUGUUUUUAGAGGCUGUGAAGCACAAGUCAGACCUGGAGCACUUCAUGCUCGUACGGAGGGGAGACGUGGAUGAAUUUAAGAAGCUCCGUGAGAACAUGCUGGACAAAGGGAUUAAAGUGAUUUCCUACGGGGAUGAAUACGCCGACUUGCCCGAGUACUUUGAGAGGCUGACGAGCGAGAUCGCCAUGCGGGGUCGAACAGGUACCGGGGUUACGGGCUGUGCGGGGUGGCGGUCUGCGUACGGCCACCGCUCGGGGAUCCUGUCAUCCGCAACGCGGUUCUCGACUGUCACCGUGGCCUUUGGAGUGUAGGCAGCGUUAAUAGCCCCCGUUCCCUGUGCUAUAUUUAUUAUUCCUUAAGCUUUUCUUUUGUUACCCCCCAAAAAUUGUCUGCAAGCGUAGCUGAAUUUGGGGUUUGUGUGUGUUCUUAAACAGCUCUGCAGCUUCCCACCCAUCCAAACAUUAUUUAUCAGCUGCACUUGUUUAUUCCCUUUCUUGUGAAAGGGUAUUUCAACCUCCCUGACUUUCGUGCUGCUCAGCCUGAGCUAAUGCUUUAACAUACAAGAGAUCUUGCUAAUAAAUCAUAAAAAUGGGGAAAAGAAGGGAGCUUGGCUAGCCAGAGCCUCGCUGGCGUGUGUUUGGAGGGUAAAACCCAGCCGGCAGCGCUGGCUGUUCGCGCCGGGGCUCCCUGUGCCUGCGCAGCCCCCUCGGUGCUGUGCGUCCACCCGCUCCUCGCCCUC